AUGAUCGAGACACCAUCGUCACCGGAGCCUCCCGACUCCCGAGGAAUUGACCGAGGCAUCGCAAGUUAUUGGCCACGGAGCUUGAAGGUACUGGGAUUACUGCAAAUUUGUGUGGCUCCAGAGGCGGUGGCGACGGACAUGUUUUUCGAGGGGAGAAUGGAGGAGAUGGUGAGGAAGGUGUUAGGGAUGAUUCCGGGGGGAGGUUGGGGCAGCCGGAGGAUGUGGCUCCGGUGGUUGGGUUCUUGGCUAGUGACCAUGGUUCGUGGAUUAAUGAUUUAG